CCGCCCCGCGGCCCCGCCGCCACAUAAGGCCGCCGCCGCCGCCGCCACCGCCUCCCCUCCCCCGAGCAGCGCGGAGCAGAGGCUGAGGGCCGCCGGCCUCCGCCAUGGUUUUGAACCCGGUGCUGGGGAAGCUGGUCAGCAAGCGGGUGGUGCUGGCCAGCGCCUCGCCGCGCCGGCAGGAGAUCCUCACCAACGUGGGCCUGCGGUUUGAGGUGGUUCCAUCCUGGUUUAAGGAGACACUAGAAAAGUCAUCUUUUAAAGCCCCUUAUGAGUAUGCUGUGGAAACAGCAAAACAGAAAGCUCUUGAAGUAGCAAACAGAAUGCAUGUAAAGCAUAUGAGAACACCUGAUAUUGUCAUAGGAGCAGACACUAUUGUGUCUGUGGAUGAGCAGAUCCUGGAGAAACCAGUUGAUAAGCAAGAUGCCUACAGGAUGCUAUCAAGGUUAAAUGGGAAAGAGCACAGUGUUUUCACAGGCGUGGCUAUUAUACACUGCUGCAGUAAAGACAAUCAGCUAGAGAUGGAAAUCACCGAUUUCUAUGAAGAGACUAAAGUAAAAUUUUCUGAGCUGUCUGAAGAGCUCUUAUGGGAGUAUAUUCAUAGUGGGGAGCCAAUGGACAAGGCUGGUGGAUAUGGUAUCCAGGCCCUUGGUGGAAUGUUAGUUGAGUAUGUCCAUGGAGACUUCUUGAAUGUGGUGGGAUUUCCUUUGAAUCACUUCUGCAAAAAGCUAGCAGAAUUAUACUAUCCGCCCUCUAAACAUAAUGUACAACAUAAAAAGUAUGACUCUAUCCCUUCUGUGGACACUUUUGAGAACCUAAGUGAUGAAGAAAAUUCAAAUUUCACAGAGCACAAAGUUGCUAGUAAGUUGGACUGCAGUGGCAUGCAUUCCUCAGGAGCUGCUUACACUUCUGAUAACACUUCUGCUGUCAGAACUGAUUUUACAGUAACUUUGGAAAAUCAGAAUGGAGUGUCACAGAGUGCAUCAAAACUUCCAUCCAAAAUUCUAGAGUUGAUGGAUGGUUUUAGAGCUUCAAAGGCUCUGUUUGUAGCCUCUAAGCUGAAGAUAUUUGAUCAUCUGAAAGACAAAGGUCCAAUGAAGGCUGUGGAUAUUGCAAAUGAUGUUGGAACCUCUAUACAUGGAACUGAAAGACUCCUUGAUGCAUGUGCUUCUCUUGGAUUACUGGAGAAAACACCACAAGGUUAUAGAAAUACAGACUCAGCAAAUACCUACCUGACCUCAGAUGGUAAAUACUCACUUCAUGGCUACAUUAUCCAUUCUAAUGAUCACCUUUGGCCUCUCUUCACAAACUUGGAGUCUGCUGUCAAAGAAGGGAGCAGGCAGAAUCAUCGAGCCUUUGGAAAGAAAGCAGAUGAUCUAUUUAAGGACUAUUAUCACAGCCAGGAGGUAAAGCAACGUUUUAUGGCUGCCAUGCACAGCAUUGCUCACCUGACAGCAAGAGAUGUGGCUACAGCAUUUGAUCUUUCACAGUUUAAAUCUGCUUGUGAUUUAGGAGGUUGCACUGGAGCUCUGGCUCAUGAAUUAGUACAAGUAUACCCAAAUCUCAAGGUCACAGUAUUUGACCUUCCAGAAGUCAUUGCAAACACCUCUUACUUUCAGCCUUCAGGACAGCACACUGCUCCGGUAACAUUUGUAUCAGGUGACUUCUUCAAGGAUAAUCUUCCAGAAGCAGAGCUUUACAUCCUUUCACGUGUUCUUCAUGACUGGCCUGAUGAAAAGAUACAUGUGCUGUUAAGCAAGAUAUCAGCUGUUUGCAGACCAGGCUGUGCAAUUUUGCUGGCUGAAAUGGUGUUGGAUGAUGAAAAGAAGAGCAGGAGCACAGCUCUGCUGCAGUCUUUGAACAUGCUUGUGCAGACAGAGGGAAAGGAGAGAAGUGGCUCUGAAUAUCAAGCUUUGCUGGAACAACAUGGAUUCACAAAUGUCAGAAUCAGAAUAACAGGAAAUUUGUUAGAUGUCAUUCUCUGUGUUAAGACUUAGAAAAAAUGUAUUAAGCGGUAGUCUGGAUGUCUUAUACUUGUGUUUGAUGUUUUGUAAUUAUCCAAAUACAUUCUCAAUUUCCCAUCAAUACCAUAAACAAGAAAUGUAACAAGAAAUGUCAGCUUUGUGGUGUUACUUCUAAAAGGGGGAAAGAUUGAUUAGAUUUAUUUUAGACUUCAUUAGAAUGAUGCCAGGAGAUUCUGUGGCUGCACAACACGUGUCGGACACAAAUGGUGUCAUCAGCCCAAGGGCAGUAUUCACACUGCUGAGAAAUCACUGUUUCUUCAUACUUGGUGCAAUUAGAAUAGUAGAGUUUUUAGACCAUCACACAUUGCUUUGCCCCUGUUCCAGGAGGUUAAGGUUGGUAUCCUUUUAAUGCUCCCUCACCAUCCAUUGUAGUAUCAUUUUAUAUUACACCCUCUACUGUAAAUAAACAUACUC